GUUAUUCCAAAAGAUUAUAAGACUAUGGCUGCUUUGGCAAAAGCAAUUGAGAAGAAUGUGCUGUUUGCCCAUCUUGACGAUAAUGAAAGAAGUGACAUCUUUGAUGCAAUGUUCCCCGUCACUUACAUUGCAGGAGAGACUGUCAUACAGCAAGGUGAUGAAGGUGAUAACUUCUAUGUUGUUGAUCAAGGAGAAAUGGAUGUUUAUGUGAACAGUGAGUGGGCGACCAGUGUUGGUGAGGGUGGAAGCUUUGGAGAACUUGCCCUUAUAUAUGGAACUCCCCGUGCUGCAACUGUCAAAGCGAAGACGAAUGUGAAGUUGUGGGGCAUUGAUAGAGAUAGCUACAGAAGGAUCCUGAUGGGGAGUACUUUGAGAAAGAGGAAGAUGUAUGAGGAAUUCCUUAGUAAAGUAUCUAUAUUGGAAUCUCUGGACAAGUGGGAGCGUCUCACUGUAGCUGAUGCAUUGGAACCGGUACAGUUUGAGGAUGGGCAAAAGAUUGUGGUCCAGGGAGAGCCAGGAGAUGAGUUCUUCAUUAUCUUGGAGGGCACAGCUGCAGUGUUACAGCGUCGAUCAGAAAACGAAGAAUUUGUUGAAGUGGGCAGACUGGCACCUUCUGAUUAUUUUGGUGAAAUAGCUCUGUUGAUGAACCGUCCCCGUGCUGCCACAGUUGUUGCUCGUGGCCUGUUGAAAUGUGUAAAGCUUGAUCGACCCCGAUUUGAACGUGUCCUGGGUCCGUGCUCGGAUAUUCUCAAGCGAAACAUCCAGCAGUACAACAGUUUUGUAUCGCUGUCUGUCUGAAACCUUCCUCCCUAUCCAAAACAUGCUUCACGAAUGCAGACUGCUUUAUUACCCUUGUGCAGAGCCACAUUGCCACUGGCAUUUGCAGCUUCCUGUCUGUUUAAAAAAAAAAAAAAAGAAAAAAAAAAGGCUUAUCAUGGCACUAUUUUUAAUUUCGAGCAUAUUAGUUCUGUGCUCUCUGUCCCAUUAAAUUAAUAGAAAAAGUUCUAUGGAGACGUUUGCUGUUACGGCUUCUCUCUGUGCAACCGUGUCCAACUCAGGCAAACGCAGCCUUGCUUCGGCGAGGGAGAGAUCUCCCGGCACCAUGCCACUUGCCAUAGAGUAAGGAGGUGACAGUGUGUGGGGGAUUUUUUUAAAGGUGUUUCUCAAAUUGUUGGACAGAUUUUUAAGGCUGUGGUCAUAAUCUGCUGUAUUUCUUUCCAAAUGAGAACUGCCCUUGUAAUUGAGCUUCUUGGGGCUUGGGGUUUUCUUUUUUUAAUUUUCUGGGUACUGUAAUCCUGGGUUCAAUCGUGAGGCAUCAGCUGCUAAGAAAGCCACAGUUGGAAUUUAACAGUAUAAUUGUUCCUGUGUCUGCUGGUUUAAGAUUGCUUAGUUAUGUUUUUGUCAAGUGUAAAUCAAAGCUUUCAAGGUUAAUAGUUCUGGUGAACUACUGCAGUUGUUACUUAAUUUGCUGACUUGCCGCAACUGAUUUUUUUUCUUGUUCUUUCUUCAGCGAUAGAUAUGCCAUUUAAAACUCUUCCUGUUCAAAGUGGCAAGAACCAAAUGUUACAUUCAAUGCCUAACUUUGGUCUCUAGGACAUAGAUUGGUGUAAGAAUGGUGCAGCUGUCUGGCUGUUAGUAAUGUUCGAGUACUUAGAUUGGUGUAGAAAUUGGAAGCAAAUAUUUUAUUUUCCCAGUGACUUUUGCUUGCUUUGUAUUCCUCAGUUGACUUUUAAAAAAAUGAUCAUAAGUUCAGGUGACCCUUUGUUACCAGGGAAAAUAAAUGUUGAGUAUUUAUGGCCAGCAUCAGUUGCAGGUGGCAAGAUUGCUGGUCUACAUAGAUGCCAUUAUUGUUGUUAGAAAAUGUGAGGCAGAAAAAGUGAAUGUUUUAACUUUCCUGCAACACACAGUUAUUUUAAGUUUUUAUCAGUCAAUUCAUGGUUUUUAAAAUGGUUAAUUAUAAAGCUAGUUUAAAUACAAAAGGUGCAUUCUCUUUCCUUGCUUAUACAUGACACAUAUUUCAUACUCUUUUUUCCAAUAUGUUGCGGAGUCUUAAAUGUAUUUCAGUAUUUACCAGCUUUGUGUUCCAUUAUUCUGUGCGCACCAAUACUUCCCAAAAGUUUAUACUGAAUUCCACGGUUCAAUAAUGGUAGGCAAUUUUUAAGGUUUCCUUUAAACUGUAAUUUAUAUAAAGUAGUGUAGGUUUGUAUUUGGGAGUGACAGCAAGCAGUUUUGCAUUUGUUGUGCAACUACUUCUAACGAUGGAGCCCUCAUUUUAUUUCCUUUCUGAGGUGAUAUGGAUUCAAAUUCAGCAGACUUUCUCCCAGGCACGAGGUAAUCAGAGUCUGCUAAUUGAUACAAAAUAAUACUGAGGGUGUCAAGCCUUUACAAAAGGUUUCAGGGUAUUUCUGAACCUGAAAUUCCAAUAAUGGGAUUUAAAUGCUUGUGGUUUGAGUUAUCUAAUCAGAAGAUGUUGAGUAGAGGAUUUCUGCCAGAGUCCUUAAGGAGUAAGCAAAUGCUACCUUUUUUCUUUUUUUUUUUUUUUUGUAAAACUGUUUUCUUAAGUUUUGACUCUAUCCAAGUUUUUUCUUCAUAUGUGUUCUGUGUGUUACUUUAAAGCACCAAAAACUGUGUAAACUAGUUAGAGCUCCACAAAAAAAUGCACAUUUUUUUUAUACAAGGCUUUCUAAUCGAGUUUCACUACUGCAUCUUUUUAGCUUGCUGUUUACUCCCUUUUGUAGUUUUACCUACAAGAUUUUAAGAUAAAUCAGCUAAGUCUGAGUUAAAUAUUAAUCACAGUUAUAGCUUUACCUUUGUGUGCAAUUUAAAUAUGUUUGAAACCACAAUUGGCAUAGUUUUGCCUUAGCUAACAUUCAGGGCUUUAGAAGUAAUAUUUUGCUAGUCCACCUUUAGCGAAUUUAUGAAGUCUAUUGCCCUAGAAAGCUAUAGUCAACCAGAGGACCAUUUUUGUAUUGUUACCUGACUAUAUAAGUCUGAUUUACUGUAUGUGCUAAUAUAUUAUAUUAUAUUCCUUUUGUUAUAGAUUGUCCUAAUGGCAGGUAAAGCAAUAAAAUGAUUUAAAUUCUUAAAUGCAA